AUGAACACUGAGACAUUGGAUGUAAUCGAUAAAUCGUUGAAAUGGUCAGAUUAUGUCAUGAAUACAAUCUCGAAUAAUAAUAAUAGUGGUGAAAAUAACACUGAAUGUUCUUGGAUAAUCAAUCAGAUGACUUGUCAAAAUCUGAAUAUUCCAUGUCAUCAUCACCAUCAUCAUCAUCAUCAUCGUGAUAAUGACAAAGAUGAUGGAGUGAAUAACACUGUGAAAAAAAUGGGAAAUUGA